GCGAGGCAGGCGGGCGGGCGGCGGGAGCGGGAGGAGGAGCGGUCGCCGCCGCCACCGCCGCCGCCAUAGAGACUGUAGCCGUGGAGACUGUUACUUACCAACGGGGACCAACACGCAGCCGCCGCUGCUGCCGCCGCGGGAGCCGCUGCCCGAACUCCCGGCCCGAACUCCAGAACUGAGCAUGCAGAAUGCGGAGGGUGGAUCCGAUUCGCCGGCUUCUGUGACCCUGUGUCCGUCGGCGGCAGCGCAGGCCCCCGUGGCCCAGCCGGUACCAGCCUCCCCGCAGAGGGUGUUGGUCCAGGCAGCGGGCUCGGCUCCCAAAGGGGCCCAGAUGCAGCCAAUCUCCCUCCCCAGGGUCCAGCAGGUGCCACAGCAGAUAGUUCGCCACAGGCCAAGAAAGCUGACGGUCUUUCAUCCAUUCAGAGCUCUAGCAUUUGGGGUCCAAGCCAGCACCUCGAUAGAGCACUGGGGUACCGAGGUGCAGCCCCUGCAGCACGUGUACCCCCCGCAGGUGCAGUACGUGGAGGGCGGAGACGCCGUCUACACGAAUGGAGCCUUACGGACGGCCUAUGCCUACAACCCCGAGCCUCAGAUGUACGCCCCCAGCAGCGCAGCUUCUUACUUCGAGGCCCCGGGCGGUGCCCAGGUGACCGUGGCAGGCUCCUCCCCGCCAGCGGUCCCCUCCCACAGCAUGGUGGGCAUCACCAUGGAUGUCGGGGGGAGCCCUAUUGUCUCCAGCGCGGGAGCCUAUCUCAUCCACGGGGGGAUGGACAGCACCAGACACUCCCUCGCCCACACCUCCCGGUCAUCGCCAGCUACGCUUGAAAUGGCGAUUGAAAACCUCCAAAAAAGCGAAGGGAUCACUUCACACAAAAGCGGUUUACUCAACAGCCAUCUCCAGUGGCUGUUGGAUAACUAUGAAACCGCAGAAGGCGUGAGUCUCCCCAGAAGCUCACUCUACAACCAUUACCUUCGGCACUGCCAGGAGCACAAGCUGGACCCUGUGAAUGCCGCCUCCUUCGGGAAGCUGAUCCGCUCUGUGUUCAUGGGCCUGCGGACACGGCGGCUGGGCACCAGGGGCAACUCCAAGUAUCAUUACUAUGGGAUCCGCCUGAAGCCAGACUCGCCCUUGAACCGGCUGCAGGAGGACACCCAGUACAUGGCCAUGCGGCAGCAGCCCAUGCAUCAAAAGCCAAGGUACCGGCCAGCCCAGAAGACGGACGGCCUUGGGGACAGCGGCUCGCACGGCAGCCCGCACGGCACGCCAGAGCAGGCCAUGGCCGCGCAGAGCCUGCACCACCAGCAGUACCUCGAUGUGUCUCACGUCUUCCCGGAGUUCCCGGCACCCGACCUGGGCGGCGUCCUGCUGCAGGAAAGCAUCUCGCCACACGACGUCAAGGCCCUGCAGCUGCUCUACCGGCGGCACUGCGAGGCAACUUUGGACGUCGUGGUGAACCUCCAGUUUCACUACAUUGAGAAGCUGUGGCUUUCCUUCUGGAAUUCGAAAGCCUCCUCGGGUGAUGGCCCUGCCUCUCUACCUGCCAGCGAUGGGGAGCCCGAAGGCGCCGUCCUCCCAAAGGACAAGCUGGUGUCUCUGUGUAAAUGCGAGCCCAUUCUCAAGUGGAUGAGGGACUGCGACCACAUCCUGUACCAGGCCCUGGUGGAGAUCCUCAUCCCCGACGUGCUGCGGCCGGUGCCCAGUACCUUGACACAGGCCAUCCGUAAUUUUGCCAAGAGUCUGGAAGGCUGGCUGACAAAUGCCAUGAGAGACUUCCCGCAGCAGGUCGUCCAGACCAAGGUGGGCGUGGUCAGCGCCUUCGCCCAGACCCUGCGCAGGUACACGUCCCUCAACCACCUGGCGCAGGCGGCGCGCGCCGUGCUGCAGAACACCUCCCAGAUCAACCAGAUGCUCAGCGACCUCAACCGCGUGGACUUCGCCAACGUGCAGGAGCAGGCCUCGUGGGUGUGCCAGUGCGAGGAGAGCGUGGUGCAGCGGCUGGAGCAGGACUUCAAGCUGACCCUGCAGCAGCAGAGCUCCCUGGACCAGUGGGCCACCUGGCUGGACAGUGUGGUCACCCAGGUCCUGAAGGAGCACGCCGGCAGCCCCAGCUUCCCCAAGGCCGCCCGCCAGUUCCUUCUGAAAUGGUCCUUUUACAGCUCCAUGGUGAUCCGCGACCUCACGCUGCGCAGCGCUGCCAGCUUCGGCUCCUUCCACCUGAUCCGCCUGCUCUACGACGAGUACAUGUUCUACCUGGUGGAGCACCGCGUCGCAGAGGCCACCGGAGAGACGCCCAUUGCCGUGAUGGGAGAGUUCAAUGAUCUCGCCUCCCUAUCGCUGACGCUGCUCGAUAAAGAUGACCUCAGCGAGGAUCACGGCAGUGAGGCCGACUCCGACGCCCGCAGCCUGGGCGAGCCCCUGGUGAAGCGGGAGCGCAGCGACCCGAGCCACUCCCUGCAGGGCAUCUAGGUCCGGGGUGCCUCCCGCAGGCUCCAGCCCGGGCCUCUGAGCUCUACUGUAAUAGUGCCUCUUAGAUGGUGGGACCUUUGCUCUGACUCACGGGGGCUCCAGUUCACGCUCAAGGGACAUGCCAUUCCUCUGAAGAAAAUCGUCGUUAGCCACAACAGAAGGUCACAUCGGGCUCCCGAGUGCCUGAGCUGCUCACCCCGUGCCUCCUGGGUCAUCUUUCCCUUCUGAGUGUUCUUACCCUCUCCUCUGCCUGGCCGUGAACCUCGGUCCGAGUCUCCACAUCCCGCCUGAGACCUGGAAGGGGCCGUGCUGGGCGAGCCGGCACCUCCACAUUGGGCUUCUCAGUUCAGCUGCUUCCAGUUUCCACCAUUCUCUUUAAAAAUUUGGAUCCCAGGAGGGAAGGGUGUCCUGCAGCUGCUGGGCAGUACUGAGCGGACUGGUGUCCACAGAGCCCCCUGCCCUGGUGCCCCGUGGUGGGAAGGGACCACCUCCGUGCUGUGCCCAGGGCCUCCUGCCCUGCUGGCUGGGCCGAGGCGUGGAAUCCGGCCCCCAGGAGCCCCAUCUGCAGACACCAGAGGUCCCCAGAAGUAGCUGUCAAUCACCAUGACCCCAUGUGGCCCGAAGAACAAGUCAUGGAAAUGGCCCGCCCAUGCCAAGACAUAGUGGUGUCUUCAAGAAUCAAAACCAGAAGUUUUAUCAGCAACUGGGAGGAUUUGGGUUCUGUCCAAGUUCACGCCAACAUCAAGCCAAACUGCUGGGUCUGGAAUGAGUUUGUUCUGAGGGGGCUGGACGGUCGAUGUUUCAGUGGUGCCUUCAGAGGGCAGCCAUCGGGCCAAGUCUGCCUGGCUCCCGCUCCAGAAUCUUCUGGAAUGCCUGCUUUGGAAUUAGCAAUCCUGGAGCACUUCGACCCAGCAUGAGUCCCAUCUUGAACUGCUCAAAGUCGAAACUCUUCGCUGGGUGACAUGAACCCCGAGGACUCGCACAGCCCUUGAGCUGUGAACACUCCGGAUCUGUACCCACAUAACACAUUGCACUCGGUUAGCUCCGUGCAAGAGUCCUGCCCCCAAACCAACUGCAAAAAAGAAAGACAAACCUUGGUCUGGGAAGCACCAUCUUAUGAAAUGCAAUAGUUUCUCUUUUUGGAAAUAUGUUUAUAUCAAUAGUUUUGUGCUCUAAUUGUUGUUAGAAUGUUUCUUAUGAACAUGUAUAUUGUGGUA